CCAAAACUUGUUUAAAAGAUUUAAUUCAGAGUAGCAGUUUUUUCAUGAAUGUCUGUAGGAGUUGGAAGCCAUCCGUGAUGCCCUGACUCCCCCAUUGGCAUGUGCUGCUGCUAAGCUUGGAGACAUAGAGGCCUUAGAAGCCCUGAAGGAAAUGGGCAGCAACUUGUGUCUGGGUGACUAUGAUGGGCGUACACCCCUACAUGUUGCCUCCUGUGAGGGCCACCUCGAACUGGUGAAGUACCUAUUGAGUCAUGGAGCUACAGUCUAUGCUAAAGAUCGCUAUGGGGACACACCGCUAUGCAAUGCUGUACGCUUCAGGCACAAAAAGGUUGUGCAGCUGCUGAGGAUGACUGGGGCCCACUUUUCCAGAGACGAGUUGGAGGAAGCAGGAACCGAAUUGUGCAACUUGGCAGCCAGCGGUGACCUGGAGGGCCUGGAAAUCUGGAGCCUUGCCGGAGCAGAUCUGAAUAAACCAGGCUAUGACGGACACACAGCAAUUCAAGUGGCCAAAGCUGUUGACAAAAAGGAUGUGGUGGCAUUUUUAGUCAAACUCAUGAGCAAUAAAUCUAAGACAGUAUUUGGGGAAUUUAAUGAAUAUGAUGAUGAUGAUGAUGAGAACGGUGGAGUGAUCGAGUUCACCGCCACCCCAAGAGGACUGUGAACUAAUGCUACCUCAUCCAACAGGAAACCACCCUGUGCUUGCGUCCACUUCCUGCCAAACCAUCCUCGACACGUCGUCCAAUGUCCUGUUGAAUUUCACGCUCGCUCUUCACUUUGAAUGUCUGCACCAUGCUUAUAAUCACAUACUGUUUUAAAGCCAUCCCUGCUUACAGUUUUCCCCCCAAAGCCAUUGAUAGCACAACUUCGUGUAACCACUGCUGUGAGUGCACAAAGCCCUAAAAGGAAACACUCAAUGUUUAUGUUGGAUUGUUGCACAGUAUGAAGCAUAGUAUCAUCAUGAAUGUUUGAAUCAAAUACUUUUUAUUACUAAGGGUGAUCUUCAACUGAGCUGUUUUAAUCAUGGAGAGCGCUGAAACCUCCCAUUACUCCUCACUCAACAGUGAAAGACAUCUGACUACGAUGACAUUACUUUUUAAAGUAAUGCUGUUUUUUGCUAUAGCAAUAUAAGCGUGAUGUCUGGAAGUGCAGGGUACAUUCACAGAUUUUAUUUUUAUGCGUAUUUCUACAGUGAGCUGUUGUAAAGUAGCAUGUAAACUAAUGAAAAACAAGGUUGUAUUUUUGUUAUCAGGGAUGUUCAACUGGAAUACUUUUUGGCUUAGGUUGAAAUAUACCUGAGCCUGUAGCAGAAGGGCUUAAUUUCCUUCUGCUCAAACAAGCACGAAAACCUGCAGUCACCUUUCAGACUCAUCCAGCCUGUUCCGUGUGCGGAUUGUCGAGCUGGAAGAGUUGCAUAUCUCCCUUUUGAAAUGGAAAAGGGAAAUUCAGACUAUAGUGUGAGCCAGAUAAAGACUUUUAACUACAGUAGUUUCUGUGUUCUUGUAUGCAUUUUGAAUGUGCUCUUGCGUUCGUGAUUGCAACAAAUAACCUGUUGUACUUUACUUAUCUUUCUUGUGCAACAAACCUAUUGUGUUAAACAUUGCUGCUCUUGUUUGAUGUAAUUUACACUUCAAACCAGUCUAGCAUUUUUUUUACACUUUAAUGUUAUCAUCGUUAAGAAAAUCUUCUGUGAUUACAUGUGACUUUAAAGUGCAAACAAAUUUGAAAUGACUUGAAAAUGUGUCCUGCUCUUUCCAAAUGCUGUUACUAUUUCACUGUUGUGUUCAAAAAGUGUGAGAAAAUGAUUCUUUGGUCUCUUUUAUUCUGUGUGGGGGUGAAGUAACAGAAAUAAAUGUCUUGUUUCAAA